AAUGGAGUGUGUCAAAUUUAAAUGCGUUCACCCUUCAAGCUUUUUUCAACACGGCUGCCUGAAACUAAGAAAAACUUUACAGAGCACUAGAUUUUCUCCUCUGGGCGCAUAAUUCGUAGCUGUCACUUCUUAAUUCGUUCUGCAAUCUUUCAAUAAUGAUCCGGUUCAUAUUGUUACAAAAUAGGCAAGGCAAGACUCGGCUUGCAAAGUACUAUGUUCCCCUCGAGGAUUCCGAGAAGCACAAGGUUGAAUACGAGGUUCAUCGGUUGGUCGUGAACAGAGACCCCAAGUUUACGAAUUUUGUCGAGUUUCGUACACACAAGGUAAUCUACAGGCGAUAUGCUGGAUUAUUCUUCUCGCUUUGUGUUGACAUAACAGAUAAUGAAUUGGCAUAUUUAGAGUGCAUCCAUUUAUUUGUGGAGAUAUUGGAUCAUUUCUUCAGCAAUGUGUGUGAGCUAGAUUUGGUAUUUAAUUUUCACAAGGUUUAUCUGAUACUUGACGAAUUUAUUCUAGCUGGAGAACUUCAAGAAACAAGCAAGAGGGCAAUCAUUGAGAGAAUGGGGGAACUGGAGAAGCUAGAGUGAAGAAUCAAUUACUAGUAAAUGUUAUUUGGAUUGCAGUUUGGUUUGUAUUUUUUAUAGAUUUUCCCUUGAUGGUGCUUAAAUAUAAUUUGUAUAACCAUUUUUUGCUCAGCCAAUAUUUCUCGUGUUCAUUAGAAAUGGAAAACUCUACCCUUCCUGUUUUAUCAGAAUUGAACACGGAACACGUUCCACACCA